GAGAGCGGAGCUCGCUGCGGGGCUGUCGGCCAUGGGCUGCCCGGUGCACGCCGUCGCCCUGCUCGCCGCCGCCGCCGCCGCCGCGCUGCUGCUGCCGCCGUCCGCCCGUCUCGCCGUGCCCCGCCCGCGGGUUUCCGCCAACUUCGAGUGCCGGGCCAGCGCCGACAGCACGCUGACCCGGCCCCGCUGCCGCCGGGGAGCCCCCACCGGGCCCCCGCUGACGCCCCCCGCCCUGGCGCUGAGCACGGCGCGGCUGUGCCAGCCCUCGCUGCCCUGCCAGCCCUGCCUGCGGGUGCGCCUGGCCGUCCCGGCCGCAGGAAUCCACGGGCUGCAGCUCGACUUCCUGGAGCUGGGCUCCAACAGGGCCAGCUGGCUGCAGGUGUGGCAGCGGCACCGGGCACUGGGCGGUGUGCCGUGGCAGGUGCAGUUUGACUGCUUCCCGGUAGAAAGCGGGCGGCGGGUCCUGGUCACCCUGCGUACCAUCCCUGACAGAGGCCUGGCCAUUAACCGCAGCCACGUGGUUGCUACCGAGCUGCAGGGGCCCAUCUUCACCCACACCUGGCUCCCUGAAGUGCGGGCCAUUGAGGUGGCUGUGCCCGAGGGCCCUGCGCUGAUGGUGCGGCUGUGCCACCAGCUGGCCUUGGAGUGUGAGGAACUGCCGCAGCCCUUCCAUCGCCAGCUUCUGGUUCCGGGUGGCCACCGCGUCUCGCUGCCGUAUGAGUUCCUGGUACCCUGCCUUUGUGUUGAGGCCUCCUACCCACACCACGACAGCCUGCGCAGCAAGCACUGCCCUUUCCAUGAGCGGCCGGACGCCUACGGCCCUGAGCUGUGGUCCUCGGUACGCUUCCAUGACUACAGCAGCAAGGACCAGAUGGCCAUGGUGCUGAGUGCCAGCUGUCCCCUGCAUCCCCGCGCCACACUGUGCUGGAGGGAGGCGGCAGCUGAAGCUGCACCAUGCCACGAUAUCCCCAACUCCACAGCUAGCGAGGAGGAACAGGCGUACACACUGGACAACGUGGAUGUGCACCCCCUUCUCUGCUUCAGGUUCUCCUAUGGGAACAGCAGCCACGUGGAGUGUCCCCACCGUGCAGACACCGCUUGGAAUGUGUCCCUGAGUGCCCGGGGGCUGCAGCUCCACCUGCGCCUCACCUCCCAUGUCCCCGCGUCCUUCAGCGCAGCGCUGUGCCAGCGCCAGGGCAGGCACUGUGAGCUCGAGGCCCCUGUCUACACCGUCACGCGGCCGGAGAACUCUGCUCCAGGGGAGCUGGCGCUGCUGCUGCCGGUGCAGAUCCUGGGCAGCUGCGUGUUGGUCUGGCGCUCAGAUGUGCACUUUGCCCGCAAGCAGCUGCUCUGUCCUGAUGUCUCACACAGGCACUUUGGGCUGCUGGGGCUGGCGCUGGCGCUGGGGCUGGUGGUGACCGUGCUGCUCCUGAACUGCCGCAGUGCCUGGAGGAUGCCCAGUGGUGCGGCAGCACGUGGCCGCCCAGUGCUGCUACUGUACUCUCCAGACUCAGAGGAGCACCUGGCACUGGUGUGCGCCCUGGCCGAGCUGCUGCGCGUGGGGCUGGGCUGUGAGGUGCACCUGGACCUCUGGGAAGCAGGUGGUGUGGGGCGCGCGGGGGCCCUGCCCUGGCUCUAUGCCCAGCGCAGCCAUGUGGGCCGUGAGCGCGGCACCGUCCUGCUGCUCUGGAGCCGGGGCAGCGCUCGGCUCUUCCGCUUAUGGCGAGGGAGUGAAGGCGGUGGGGAGCCCCGUGAUGCACACGAUGUUUUUGGGGCGGCCAUGGCGUGCUUGCACGGGGAGUUGGGGGCAGCAGGGCGAGGCCGGGGCUGGGUGCUGGUGUACUUCAGCCGGCUCUGCAGCCCCCGUGAUGUGCCCCGACCCCUGCGGCCCCUGCCCACCUACCGCCUGCCCCAGGAGCUGCCCGGGCUGCUGGGCGCGCUGCAGGGCGGCCCCCCAGCCUCCUGCCAGCACCUCCAUGGCCGGGCCAAGGGGCUGCUUCUCCGGCUGCUGGAGGCUGAGGCCAGCAGGGGAGUGGCAGGGGGCGGCUCUGGGGGAGGGCCGGGCUGCCCGCUUCAACUUGCUGGUACCUGAGUGCCUGCAGCUGGGCUGAGCUUGGGCAGAGCGUGGGCCAGGGGCCACACGGAGGACAGAGGCCCUGGAUAGGGCUGGGGCUGAGUGAGCAGCUGCAGGAGGGUGCCCCAGGCUGGAAUGGAGCAGGGCUGGCUUGGCUGUGGGCCUGGAGUGUGGGCACAGCCCUGGGGCUGGGCAGCUGGGCUUCCAGCAGUGCCUGGUACAGAGGAGAGAGAGAUCACUGCACGAAGCGGCCAUUGCUGGGAGAGGUGCCGGGGCAGCUGGGCAGCUCCUGCCGCGUCAGGAUGCCCGGCGCAGCCCAGAUAGGCUCCUCAUGCCUGGUAUUGACUGCAGCUUUGUACAUGGCAGCUUGGCUGCACUGAACGGAAUAAAAGCACGCUUUACAUUUC